AUGUCAAAAAUAAAAGCUGAUAUUAUGGAUCUUAAACAUCGACAAAUUAACCAAACAACAAUCGAUGCGCGUACAGCACAACUGCGGAAAGUUUAUUGGCCAAAUUCAAACAAUCAUUAUGAUCAGGGCGAUUUAUUUCAUCUAAAUCCCGAGCAUAAGCGACAAGCUGGUUGGGGUAAACGUCGUUAUCUAGCAAUGAACGAAGACAAUGAUGAUUAUCUUCUUUAUCAUCAAUAUGCUCCAAGCGAUUAUACAAUUCAUAAUGGAUUUGAUGAUGAAUGA